AUGUCAGACCUCCCCCAACACACUCCCGAAGUCACAUGGGCUCAGCGCUCCUCUGCGACCGAACCCGAGCGCAACUACCUCUACGUGAGCAUCAAGGCUGCUGAUGUGCCCAAGUCCGACGCGAAGCUCGACAUCACUGCCAACAAUGUCACAUUCACCGGUCCCUCCAAGAAGGGCGUAAAAUACCACGUUUCUCUCGACCUGUACGCCGAGAUUGAGCCCGAGAACAGCAAGGUGAACCACAGCGACCGCGAGGUUGAGCUUGUCCUGCGCAAGAAGGAGCUGAAGGAGGAGUACUGGCCUCGUCUUCUGAAGGAGUCCAAGAAGGUCCACUUCCUCAAGACGGACUUCGACAAGUGGGUUGAUGAGGACGAGCAGGAUGAGGCGCCCGAAGACGACUACGGCAACCAGUUCGGUGGGUUUGACGGCGCUGACCAGGGCGGACUUGGAAACAUCGACUUCUCGAAGCUUGGCGGCCUUCCCGGCAUGGGCGGCGCCGGCGCUGACCUGGGUAGCAUGGAUGCUGAGGCCGAGGACGAGGAUGACGACGAGAUGCCUGAGCUUGAGGAAGCUGAUACCAAGGCCGGGGAUAAGUCCAAGAUCCAGGAGCUCUCGUAA